AUGGAGACCAAUCAGGAAACUUCCCUCUUCUUGGUGAAAAUCUUGGAGGAACUGGACAGCAAGCAAAAUACCGUUUCUUAUCAGGACCUGUGCAAAUCUCUGUGUGCCCGGUUCGAUCUGUCGCAGCUUGCCAAACUGAGAAGUGUGCUCUUCUACACAGCUUGUCUCGAUCCCAAUUUUCCAGCCACGCUAUUCAAAGACAAGAUGAAAUGCACUGUGAAUAACCAGCAAUCAAAGAAAAUCAUGGUGGCAGCAGAUAUUGUGACGAUAUUCAACCUGAUCCAAAUGAAUGGCGGGGCUGCCAAGGAGAAGCUGCCUACGGGCCGCCAGAAGGUGCGCAAGAAGGAGGCAUCCUUUGAAUCAUGCAGGUCGGACACAGAGAUCUGCAAUGCAGCUGAGUGUGAGCCACUGAACUGUGAGCUGAGUGAGAGGUCUUUCAGCCGGGGCUACCCCACCAGGCAGUCGUCCAAGUGCCGGAAGAUGGACUGCAAGGACUGCCCGCAGUUUGUCCCUGCCUCUGAGCCUAACUUCCUGUUGGGAGUUAGCAAAGAGGUGAAAAACCGCGCUGCUUCCCUGGACAGGCUGCAGGCUCUGGCCCCGUACUCUGUGACCAGCCCUCAGCCCUGUGAGAUGCAGAGGACCUACUUCCCCAUGAACAUCGAAAACGAGUCCAUUUCAGACCAGGACUCCUUGCCCAUCAACCAGAGCAUCAAGGAGACCUUCAUUUCCAAUGAGGAGCCAUUUGUGGUCCAGUCCUGUGUCCAGAAAAGGAAUAUCUUCAAAGAGGAUUUUCACAAUUUGAUGGCAGUGUCCCCCGGUUUGGUUGGCCCCGUCAGCAAAGCAGAGAAUGAGCACAGGGAACCCCAGAGUCGAAAGGAAACCCACAAGCCACCCUUCUUCAACCACAGCUUUGAAAUGCCCUAUAACAGCCAGUACCUGAAUCCGGUGUAUUCCCCGGUUCCUGACAAAAGGCGAGCAAAGCACGAAAGCUUAGACGACCUUCAAGCCUCUACAUACUUUGGGCCCACUCCCGUGAUGGGAACCCAAGAAGCCAGGCGCUGUCCAGGGAGGCCCAACAAGCAGACUCCCUGGCCAGCCAAAAGCUGGAGCCUAAACACAGAGGAAGUUCCUGACUUUGAACGGUCCUUUUUCAAUAGAAAUCCCUCCGAGGAGAAGCUACGCUAUCCAAAUGCCAGUAGCCAGACUCCCAAUUUCCCAGCCCCAGACAGGCGCCCGACUUACCUCGUGCCAAAAGAUCAACAGCCAAUUCUCCCCAUUGCUUAUGCAGCAAAACCAAGUGGGCUCAAAUCUAAAGAGAUCUCAUGCCCUGUUGAUCUGGAGAAGCACGAACCAGUCAAAAAGUUUAAAGACAAGAGCAGUAACUGCACCAGUGGGCAGCUCAGCUCAGACACCAGUAGUGUGGGCACCCAGACUGAGCACGUGCUGGAGCCCAAGAAAUGCAGAGACCUGUGCACCUCCGGUCAGGGCAAGUACAGUGACAGGCACACCAUGAAGCACUCAGACGAUGACUCAGAAAUUGUCAGCGAUGACAUCAGUGACAUUUUCCGAUUUCUUGAUGACAUGAGCAUCAGUGGCUCCACAGGAGUGAUACAGUCGUCCUGCUACAACAGCACAGGGUCCUUGUCUCAGCUCCAUAAGUCAGACUGCGACAGUUCCCCUGAGCACAACUUAACCAAAAUUGCCAAUGGGGUCCCCAAUAGCAAGGGAGACAAGGGCAACCGGCCUGAAAACACCCACCACUCGGAAGAAGAGCUGAAGACCAGUGUGUGCAAACUGGUGCUCAGGAUCGGCGAAAUCGAACGGAAGCUGGAAUCCCUGUCGGGUGUCCGUGAGGAAAUCUCCCAGGUCUUGGGCAAACUAAAUAAGUUGGACCAGAAAAUGCAACAGCCUGAGAAGGUGAGUGUGCAGAUAGAUCUGAACUCCUUGACGAGUGAGGCUCCGUCUGAUGACAGUGCCUCUCCCCGGAUGUUCUGUGCACACAACGGCUCCCACGGACCCAAGCUAGAGAACAACCCUGACUGGUGCUGCUCCGAUGCUAGCGGGAGCAAUAGCGAAAGCCUGCGGGUCAAGGCCUUAAAAAAAAGCCUCUUCACCAGGCCAUCCUCUCGGUCCCUAACAGAGGAGAACAGUGCCACGGAGUCCAAAAUCGCCAGCAUCUCCAACUCGCCCAGAGACUGGCGCACCAUCACUUACACCAACCGUGUGGGCCUCAAUGAGGAGGAGAUAAAAGACACAGGCCCAGGAGAUAAUAAAGACUGGCAUCGGAAAUCUAAAGAGGCAGACAGGCAGUACGACAUUCCCCCACAGCACCGACUGCCCAAGCAGCCCAAAGACGGCUUCCUGGUGGAGCAGGUGUUCAGCCCUCACCCCUACCCUGCCUCCCUCAAGGGCCACAUGAAGAGCAACCCCCUGUACACAGACAUGCGGCUGACUGAGUUGGCCGAGGUGAAGCGGGGCCAACCUUCUUGGACCAUUGAGGAGUAUGCACGGAAUGCGGGCGACAAAGGCAAGCUGACAGCCCUGGACCUGCAGACGCAAGAAUCUUUAAACCCAAACAAUUUAGAGUACUGGAUGGAAGACAUUUAUACUCCAGGAUACGAUUCAUUACUAAAACGUAAAGAAGCCGAAUUCAGACGAGCCAAGGUCUGCAAGAUAGCUGCUCUGAUCGCUGCUGCGGCAUGCACCGUCAUCCUUGUUAUUGUCGUGCCCAUCUGCACAAUGAAAUCAUGA